GAAAUCACAGUAAGUGUCUGAUUAGAUGUAGUAACUAAGGUCGAUAUUGAUCCAUUUUUGGUUUUUAAUCACUUUUUAAGAUGGAGUGCCUGCAAGCGCUAGUUUUCUCCAUCAUCUUAGCAUUGGUUAACGCCUCAAAUUCGACUGAGCCCAAGAUUUCCAACGGAUACACAGCUUCUAGAGGCCAAUUUCCUUAUUUGGCAUCGUAUCAAUACCGAGGAGAGCAUUUCUGUGGUUGCAGCAUAUUAAACGCCGAAUGGUUGCUAACGGCGGCGCACUGCGUCGAUCAAGCACUAAAUCUUCCAAGGGAAGAUCUUCAAAUCGUUGCCGGUAUACUCAAACUAUACGAUAGUCCACCGUAUAGGCAAACGCGUCAAAUUUUAAGACAGUACAAGCACCCCAACUAUAACGGGGGUAUUUCCCCGAACGACAUCGGUUUAAUUCGCGUAAAGACGCCUUUCAAUUGGUCAAAUGAUGUGAACUGGAUUGCUCUCCCUUAUGAAAAUCGCGAGUACGAGGGAUUGGCUGUAAUUGCAGGUUGGGGGUACCUCAGGUCUAGUUAUCCGGCGCCGAGUGUCCACUUACAGUACGCUCGUGGAGGAACAAUUAGAGAGAACGAGUGCAAUUCAAUUGUUAACCAGUAUGGGGUAGCGGUUGAUAUCCGAAGCAUUUGUACCAUUGGAUACGAUGCUGGAAAUGAAACUUCGUGUAAAGGAGACAGCGGCGGUCCUCUGGUAUAUCCUGAUUAUCCCAAUAGACCGGUGCAGAUAGGCGUGAUGUCGUGGAAUCUGUCUCCGUGUGGAUUAAAUCGUUCACCAAGUGUUAGCACUAAGGUGUCAAGGUACAUAGGGUGGAUCGUAUGUCGCGUGCAAAAUGACAACGUUUCACCUUCUGCUCCUUGUUAUUAGGUUGCACAUAAUAUUUGGAAACAUUGGGGGGGAAGGAAUUCUUUUGUAACAAGAGUAGUAAAUAAAAAUAAACGUGACAUGAAAUUA